CGGGCCCCAUCUCCGGCUUCUCGACCUGCUCUCGACCUUGUAUCCGCUUGUCAAGACACUCCUCCCCUAUCCCAUAACCAUUUUCUUUUUUCUUUUUUUUUCCUCUUUCCGUCUCUUUUUCAUUCUUUUUCUUGUCCAGUCGUAGUCGUCGUAUUUCCUAAACCGGAUCUCAUAGAUUUCUUCAGACUAUCUCAUCUUCCCUCGCUCCCUCUACUUGAUCGUGCCACCACCACCACCACCACCACCACCACCACCACCACCACCACACGUCAACCCUUUCUUGAAAAGAAACCUCCAGGCGAGGCACAGACAAUAACAACAUCGGCUCGAGACGCUCGCUACAGGUCCUCUUUCCAGCAGUCUAAUCAGUAAUCUGCACUCUUUCCCUCCGUCAGGCCUAUUUUUCUUCGGUAUACCGUCUCUAGAGUCAUCAUGCCCAAACAUACGCGGGCAUCUAGUUCGAGCCACAACCACUACGGCCAUCCGAUGCCCGUUUCUCUUGCCCCCGCCGCAAACCCCAUCGCCAUGUACAACCAACGCAUGACCAUGCCGCAAUCGGCCUACUACACCAUGCCCUCCUCGUCUGCCCCAAUGCAGCAGCAACAGCAGCAGCCACAGCCAACGUACGAAAGUUACGCCCCGGUGUCUGCACCCCCCGUCUCCGUACCCCCAAUGCAGCACCGAGCCUCCUCGGGGGCCUGGACUCCUCAGGAUGACCAGCAGCUGCUCGCUGCUCGCGCCCAAGGCCUUAACUGGGGCCAGAUACAAAUGUCCUACUUCCCCAACAAGACUCCCAACGCCUGCAGGAAGCGCCAUGAGCGUCUGAUGGAACGCAAAGGGGCCGACGACUGGGAUAAUCGCAAGCUCGAACGUCUGGCCAAGGAGUACAUGAGCAUGAGAAAGGAGAUCUGGUCGGGCCUUGCGGCCCGUACCGGUGAGAAGUGGAAUGUCGUCGAGGCCAAGUGCAUGUCGAACGGUCUCAAGAACCUGCAAAGCGCGUCUCGUGCCGGGGCUAGGCGGGAGCGCCUCGAAUCGGGGCAGCCACUACCACCAGGGUAUGACGAUGACAGCGGCAUCAGCGGCCUCGGGCUUACCCCAGUUGACGAGCUAGACGCGUCCUACAGUAGUCCAGAGACGGUGUCCUCCGGGCACUCUGCCAGCGGUAGCAGCGCCUCGGCAGCGGGCUACGUUGCCUCCCUCCAUCACCUGCAACCCCUUCACGCCGGCCAGUACGGUUACGGUCACACCGGUGCCCACCACGGGUAUACGAGCUCCGUCUCCUCGAACGGCUCGGUCAACGGCGGAUACGGCCACGGCCAGUCACAAUCUCCCAGCCCCUACCUCCACCCCCACGGCCAGAGACUGCCCAGCGUGGAUAUGGGGAUCGACGCUAUUAUCAACCGGCCGGGUGGCGGCGGUGGCGGCGGUAGCUCGCAGCAGAUGUGACUGCAUGGCAUGAGCGAAGAGCCGUUUCAUUGGCGCUAACCUGGGGUAUCGGAAGUUUUCUUCAUCUUCCCAUACCUCUCCUUUCUUUCUCUUUCCGUU